AUGGCUGAGGUAGACUGGUCUGAUCUCCCAAAGGAGCUUUUGAAUAUGAUUUCGCAAAGAAUUGACAUCGAAAUCGAUCUCAUACGCUUUCGAUCUGUUUGUUCCAAUUGGCGUCGCUCUUCCUCCGUCUCAGAUCACCAUCUCAGUUUAACCAUCAAUUUUCCACUCCUCAAAUCAUUAUCUGAUUCCACCAUCACUUCAUUCUGUUGCCUCUCCAAGCGCAGUAUAUUCCUCAUCAAACAACAACCACCACCACAACAACAAACCCUAAUUCGUCCUUGGUUAGUUAGAAUUACACAAAACUCAAGUGGCAAGACCAAACUCAACUGUCCACUCACCCACAUAUCCCAUCUCUCAUCUUCAACCUCUUUUCAUUUGCCUCGCCUCAUUGAUUUCAACAAACUCUCCGUCCUACAUUUAGGAACUGAUUUCAUCACUGACGAAUUCACAUCCAACUCAGUGCUGCUCCCUCAAAAGGUAAUUUCCAUUGGAAAACAUUCUCUCGUUCUUGGCAUAUUAAAAAAUUGUACCCCCCAGCUGAUGCUGUUCCGUUGCGGCAAUGAGCCUUGGGAGUGGAUCUAUGACAUUUCAACGACCUCUGGAGACAUCUGUGUGUUUAAAGGGCAGUGUUACGCUGUUGAUAAAUUUGGUAGGACGGUUAUGAUUGGACCUGAUUCAACAGUUCAGUUAGUUGCUGAACAUGUGGUUCAUGGUGGGGAUAGAAAACUGUUGGUGGAGAGUGACGGUGAGUUGUUGUUAGUGGACAUUUAUGAGAGUUUACAUUUUAAUAUUAAAGUUUUCAGAUUUCAUGAGAAGGAGAAGAAAUGGGUGAAUUUGAUGAAUUUAGGGGAUAGGGUUUUGUUUUUUGGCAAAGGAACAUCAUUUUCUGCAUCAGCUUCGGAUUUGUGUGUUUCCAAAGGGAAUUGCAUCAUCUUUAUCGACGACGCCAUCACCAAUUAUUGGAUGCAAGGUGGGAAUGGUGUUUAUCAUUUGGAUCAAGGUCGGGUUUCGUCUGUAUCUCAUUAUCAUGAAUAUUUCAACUUGUUUUCGCCACCUCCGGAUUGGAUCCUCAAGAGCUGA